AUGAAAACGGUGGCUUGGACCGGCUUCCUCGUUGCUGCAUCGGCUCCUGUAGCUUUAGCACAGGGAAGCAGCUCGACAUCUACGUCGCAUUCCUUUAGCACGACUCGCACCACGACUAGCACCACGACUCAAACCUCUACUUCCACGUCUACUUCUUCGCCUUCUGGUCGCCCACUUUACAAAAACCCCAAUGCGCCCAUCGAAGACAGAAUCAAGGAUCUUCUCCCAAGGAUGACUGUUGAAGAUAAAGUUGCGCAGCUAAUCCAGGGAGACAUCAACGGGUGGAUGGAUAUGAAUGAUCCAAAGGACAACACCCUUACUCAUAACGCAACUGGACUCGCCGAAAUGAUGAAAUACAAAGGCGGCUCUAUUUGGGCUGGAUAUUCUUCUACCUACGAGAAACUUGUCUAUGCAGUUACUGUUGGCCAAAAAUACCUUAUGGAGAACACCACCCUCGGAAUUCCGGCAAUUUUCCAGUCUGAAGGUCUCCACGGUUUUACUAACAAUGGGACCAUAUUUCCUUCUCCACUUUCAAUGGCUUGCUCAUUCAACAACGACUUGAUUCGCAAAGUUGCAGAGGUAGUCUCAAAUGAGGCUGAGCCACUUGGAAUCAGUCAAAUAUUUGCCCCGGUCCUCGAUCUUGGUCGCGAGUUACGUUGGGGUCGAGUUGAAGAAUCAUUCGGCGAGGAUCAUUUCAUCAACGGAGAGAUGGGUCUAGCUUUCGUCGAGGGUAUCCAAUCCGGUAGGCGGCUUAAUGCUUCAACCACCGCAAUUGCGCGAAUGGCUGCCACGUGCAAGCACUUUGCUGCAUUCGGAACCCCACAUGGAGGAUUGAAUAUUGCCCCGGUGGCGGGUGGAGAGCGCGACCUACGAUCUGUCUAUCUUCGGCCCUUCAAUCGUGCUUGUCUGAAUGCUCUUUCAAUUAUGACCGCCUACUCAAGUUAUGACGGCAUUCCUGCUGUCACAAAUAAGCACUUGUUGAUCGACAUUCUCCGCAAAGAAUGGGGCUACAAGUACUGGGCUGUCUCUGACGCUGGUCGCGAGUGCUGUGCCAAAAAAGCUUUGGAGAAUGGGUUACAAGGAGAAAUGGGCGGUGGCACAUACACAUACCUCACCCUACCUGAACAAAUCCGCGCCGGCAAGGUCUCCCAGACAGCGCUCGAUGAAACAGUCACCUAUAUGCUAAGGACCAAGUUUGCCCUCGGCCUCUUCGAGAACCCAUAUCCUUAUGCUAACUACACCGGCCACGUCCGUACUAAAGAAACUCUUGAUCUACUACUGCAAGUAGAACGAGAAUCAAUAGUUCUCUUAGAAAACCAUAACAACAUUCUUCCCUUGAGCAAGACCAGUAUCAAGUCUGUUGCUCUGAUCGGACCCUCAGCUGGACAAGUUAUUUUGGGUGACUAUGUGUUUGCUGGGGCAAAGGAUAAUGCGGUUUCUCCUCUGGAUGGAUUCAAAAAAGUUCUCGCUGGUUCCAAUGUUCAGAUUAACUACGCUGAGGGCUGCAAACUUUGGUCUGCGUCCGAAGAAGGAUUCCCUGAGGCGGUGGCUGCCGCCCAAAAGUCCGAUGUCGCAGUAGUUGCUGUAGGAACUUGGUCCUUAGAUCAAACCCUUCUAUGGCAAGGGGUCAAUGCUACGACUGGUGAACAUGUUGACGUCUCAGACCUGGGCUUAGUUGGUGCUCAGCUUAACUUGAUCAAGGCCAUCAAAGCUACUGGGAAGAAGGUCAUUGUUGUAUAUGUCUCCGGAAAGCCCAUUGCCGAGACUUGGGUGUACAGGAACGCCGAUGCUAUUAUCUCACAAUUCUACGGAGGCGAAUUGCAAGGAGUUGCUCUGGCAGAAGUUAUCUUCGGCGACUAUAACCCAUCUGGGAGAACAUCGGCUUCGUGGCCUCGCAGCGUCGGUACUGCUCCUGCAUUCUAUGAUUAUCUGAAAGGUGCCCGUCCUGUCGACUGGACUGGACCCGGAAGGAUUGAAGAUGACGGGACUUUGGUUUUCGGUCAUGAGUAUUCACUUGAUACCCCAGUACCGUUCUGGAGCUUCGGACAUGGUCUUUCCUACACUACUUUCCAGUACUCUGGUUUGAAGUUCAACAAGUCCGUUCUCAGUGCGACCGACACUCUUGUCGUCACUGUCAACGUGAAGAACACCGGUAGCCGUGCGGGCAAGGAGGUUGUCCAGGUCUAUAUGACGGACGUUGUUAGCUCGGUUGUCACACCUGUUCAAUCUCUUCAAGGGUAUACCAAGAUUGACCUCCAGCCUGGCCAAUCUAAGUCGGUGUCGAUCUCAAUCCCGGUUCAAAACCUCGCCGUCUGGACACUUGAAAAUAAGUUUGUCGUUGAACCAGGAAAAUUCACUGUCCAGAUUGGAACAAGCCAAACGGUCCAUAUCAAUGGUACUGUCACCGUUCAAUAG